AAUUUCUAUGUUCUUUCCAAUCACUGGGCAUAAGAUUUGAGGUAUUAUGCGAGAAGAAGAGGCAUAGUUAGGUAUAUAGCUAGGAAGCAGACGAAUCAAAACACCACUCAGUGAGUCAAAUUCAAAUUGGAAGCAUUCCAAAAGUGGAAUAUGGAAGGAGAGAGAGCUGCUGCUACCAAUUAUGACCUUCAAGUUUCCUUCUCCAACACCCCACAACCCAUACACGAAUUGGGUUUUGUUCACUAUGAAGAAAACCAGCUCCUUGGCUUCUUGUCACCCUCUUCACAAUCUCAAUCCUUAAACUCCGAUGUAGUUGUUUCUUCUGCCACUACAACUGCUGCAACCAUCGGAUUCAUGAAUCACACUCAACUUCUCACCAAAACUUGGAAUAACAACGACCAGGUCGAAACUCUGGAUCCAAAGGCUGUCGAUGAAGAAAACUGCACUGGAAACGCUAGUGAAGGAAACAACAACUCUUGGUGGAGGAGCGCAGCUUCGGAGAAGAACAAGGUGAAAAUAAGGAGGAAGCUAAGAGAACCAAGGUUUUGUUUUCAAACAAGAAGCGAUGUAGAUGUGCUUGAUGAUGGUUACAAAUGGAGGAAAUAUGGCCAGAAAGUUGUCAAAAAUAGCCUUCAUCCGAGGUAA